AUGCCCGGUGUAACAGCCCCGUCCGGUACUAGCAAGUAUGACCAGAUCCCAGGUCCCCUGGGUAGUCAGUCUUCCAAGCUUGAUGGCAAGGUAGCGCUCGUGACUGGUGCCGGCCGCGGAAUUGGGAGAGACAUGGCUCUCGAGCUAGCACGUCGUGGUGCCAGGGUGAUUGUCAACUACGCCACCAGCGACAUCUCGGCCAACGAUGUUGUGCAGGCCAUCAAGAAGUUCGGCGGGGAUGCGGUGGCCAUCAAGGCCAACGUGAGUGAUGUCAGCCAGAUCGAGAAGCUCUUCCGUGAGGGCAAGGAAAGGUUUGGCAGGCUCGACAUUGUGUGCUCCAACUCGGGAGUUGUCUCGUUCGGCCACGUCAAGGAUGUCACUCCGGAGGAGUAUGACCGCGUCUUCAACAUCAACACCCGUGGCCAGUUCUUUGUUGCUCGUGAGGCCUACAAGAACCUUGAGGUUGGCGGCCGCCUCAUCCUGAUGGGGUCCAUCACCGGCCAGGCCAAGGGUGUGCCCAAGCACGCUGUUUACUCUGCUAGCAAGGGUGCCAUCGAGACCUUUGUCCGCUGCAUGGCUAUUGACUUUGGAGACAAGAAGAUCACCGUCAACGCCGUCGCUCCCGGCGGUAUCAAGACGGACAUGUACCACGCCGUGUGCAGGGAGUAUAUCCCCGACGGCGACAAGCUCGACAACGAGGGUGUCGAUGAGUAUGCCGCUGGGUGGUCACCGCUCCACCGCGUCGGUCUCCCCAUCGACAUUGCCCGUGUUGUCUGCUUCCUGGCUUCCCAGGAUGGCGAGUGGAUCAACGGUAAGGUUCUCGGUGUUGAUGGCGGCGCCUGUAUGUAA